AUGGAGCAAAGGUCGCCAGAACCGGACCGCUCCGCUUCCUGUUUGGCUUCUGGACCGGAGCGGGACGGAGAGAGCCUAGCCGAGCCGCGCGCGCUGCCAGGUCCGGACGGGACCCGACGGGACCGUGGGUCCAGCUGCGUGUUUCCUGUUGAUCCACGCAGGGAAGAGACGCGAACAGGGCCGGGUGGAGGAAGCUGCUGGUCCGAACCGAGCCGAACCCGGGCUGUGAAGGCUGAGCCGGUCCUGAAGACGGCCAGUGGAGAUGGUUCCGACCCGCUGUCCGCGCUCCUGCUGCGGCUGGCGGCCGCUCUGAUCAACAUCUGCAGCGAUGUAGUCAGCCUCUUCAUCUGCGUCCUCCUCAUCCUCAGCGACCCGUCCCACCUGAAGAUGAUCCUGCUGCGCCGGUUCCGAGUCCUCAUCCUCACCGUCUUCCUGGUGGCCUGCUCCAUGCACAUCAUGGUGGACCUGCUGCCCAAGCUGGAGCGCCAGGGCGCCGGCUGCUCCUGCUCGCACGGCCCGGCCCAGGCUCCGGAGCGCGGCUGGGCCGAACCGGGCUGGCCCGACAAGCACACGCUGCGGAUCCUGCAGGACUUCAGCAGCGAGCCCGGAUCCAAUGCGUCCUCCCGAGCCCUGGACCGGCUCCCUUUGGACGGAGCGCCGGCCCCGGAGCCGCCGGGCCCGAGGGGCGACAGGAGCAGACUCUUCCUCCAGGGGCCGGCGGCGGCCCGGGUCGGUCCAGCCCGGGGUUCGAGGCUGGCGCUCCUGUUCGAGCAUCCCCUCUAUAGACGAUCUGUGCCGCCGCUCACGGAGGAAGACACGCUGUUCAACGUGAACACGGACAUCAGGUUCGACCCCAAAGCGGCGGAGGACCAGGCGUGGACCGGCGAGGGCGCCGACGACGAGCUGGGCCCGACGAGCGAGCUGACGGCCGAGUCGUACCCCAACUGGCUGCGGUUCCACAUCGGGAUCAACCGCUACGAGCUUUACGGCCGGCACAGCCCGGUGGUGGAGGCGCUGCUCAGGGACCUGCUGACCCAGAGGAUCACCAGCGUGGGUGAGUCCUCACGACCUCCGACCUUUCAUGCUGAGGGUUUUGAGUCAUGCAAACUGUCUGUUUCUGGUAGGAACUAAAACGUGGAGCCAGGGUUCCACCAGAACCGUCCCGAUCCCCACAACGUCCAGAGUCGGAUUUAAUAAAACACAAAAAAAUGUUUUAAGCAUCA